AUGCGCAUGUCGCGGAGUUUGAAGAGCAGGAUAUUAAACAGUCCUCUCGGCGACUUCUGCAGGAAUACCGGAGCCGACAGGGAUCUGGGGAGCCGUUUCAGAGGCAUUUGUGCCCUUUUUCGGGAGCAGAAGAAGGGGAAUGACCGACGAGGCGGCGGAAAGGAGUCGAUGGGCGUGGCCUCGAGGGCUUUUUGAUAUAUAUCUUUUUGUAUAGAUGUAUGAAGGGGGGUCGUUUUGUUGGAAGGAAGCAGGAACAGAGCCUCUUGGGAGCUCCGCUCGGCUCUCUCUCCCUCUCUCUUGGAUGCUCCAGAGAAAAAUGCGGAAGAGAAGGGAGGCGAAAAAAACGCGAAGGCGGAUCCCACAGGUCAGUUCUCUCUCCCUCUCUGUGUAUGUAGUGUUCUUCAAUCUGUUGAUUGUUUUACCUGGUUUCGUGACGUCAUCCACGGGGUUGGGAACGUCAUAAUUUCUCAUAAAUGACAGCUUUUCGAAUUUUCUACGCUUGAUCCCGAAGUCUUGUAAAUGAUCUACUGCCACUUGUCGAGCUGAUUUUAUGACGUCAUCAAGGAGAUUGAAAACGUCAUAAUUUUUACAGGAGACUCUUUGAGACGCUUCUCAGCUUUCUUAGUUUUGUUUUAAAUUUUCAGUUCCUUGCUAGUUUCGAGAAUCUUAAGGACAUUUUUCAGGUGACUCUAUGCUUUAUGACGUUAUCAGGGAAGUUAAAAACUUCACAUUUUCGCAGGUCUACAAGGGUUUUCAGCUGUCUUGAAGCGAUUUCGAAAUUAUUUCCUGGUAGAUUUUGCACGUUCUUAAAAUCUUGAAUUGGAUUUUCCAGCUCCAUAACUUAUGACCAUAAGUGCUUAAACUUCAUCAGUGAGAUGAAAAAGCUCGGACAUUGGUAAUGCCAAACGGACGUGCUCCGGACAUUUCUGAGAAAAUCUAGGGAUCACUUAAGAGUGCUGACGCUACUAAAGUGGUCACUUGAAAUGCCCUAUUGAUGACUUUUAUUGAGUUCUUGCAACAUAGAAUCGAUUUUGAAGUUUGUCAGGAGAGAACAAGGAUUGGUGGAUCCUCGUGGCUUUGGUAGGGCCACCUGUCGUUUUGGCCUGA